AUGUGUGAAAAGGUUCAGGUGAUAGCAGAUGAGAACGAUUCGAUAAAAGCUCUCAAAACACGAAAUACGCAAACGAAUGAAAUCGAAACGCAUGAAUGUGGAUUGUUGAUAUAUAGUAUUGGUUAUGAGAAUUUUGUGUUGGAUGGCAUACCGAAGAACGAAGAUGGCUCUAUGAAGAUGCGCGAUUCGAUUCGGGUGCAUAGACAGCGCUAUGAUAGGACACUCGUCUAUGCGUCUGGAUGGUGCGCACAUCAACCGCGCGGGGUCAUUGCUAACACACAGGUAAUUUACUGUUGUUGUUAUUAUUGUUAA